ACAGGCAUCUCAACAAAAAGUGCAAAGGAAUCACCAGCUCAACUUAGUCAAAACGGCAUUCCUAUAAAUAUGCUUAUUUUCUAAUGGAUCGAUUCAAUUCAAUUCAACUGCAUCUUCUUUAGCCUCAAAGGAUUCAAGCCGGUCAUGUCUUUCUCAUGUGUGAAGAGAUUUUUCAAGCGGUUUUGGGUUGUUGACGAAUUCCAUACCGGAACUUUUCCGUAUGGCAACUUUCUGUCUGCUGAUAUCUUGCCUUCUCUUGGAGCAAGAAUUAACCCGGAAACAAGGUUAAGAAGACACAUAAUCUCUCCUUUCAAUCCAAAGCAUAGGGCUUGGGAGAUGUGGUUGAUACUUCUGGUGAUUUAUUCUGCAUGGAUAUGCCCCUUUCAUUUUGCUUUUCUACCUGAUAAGCAUCCGACGCUGCUAAUCAUCGAUAACAUUAUCAAUGCUUUCUUCGCAAUCGAUAUAGUGUUGACAUUCUUUGUUGCUUAUGUUGAUGAUCAUUCUUACGUUCUUAUUGAUGAGCCUAAGAAAAUUGCAGUCAGGUACCUAUGUACUUGGUUUAUCUUUGAUGUUUCUUCGACGGCGCCUUUGCAAUCUAUUAUCUCCUUGUUCACUAAACAUAGCGGCGCGAUUGGGUUCAAACUUCUUAAUAUGCUUCGGUUAUGGCGUCUGAGACGAGUCAGUUCUCUCUUUGCAAGGCUAGAGAAAGAUAUUCGCUUCAAUUACUUUUGGACUAGGUGUAUAAAGCUCAUUGCUGUGACAUUGUUUGCAAUACACUUUGCUGGAUGCUUUAUCUAUUUCAUUGCAGACAGGCACACUGAUUCAAGUGAUACAUGGAUUGGUUCUGUGUAUCCAAAAUUCAAAGAAACAUCUAUUUGGGAUAGAUAUGUGACAUCAAUUUAUUGGGCUAUUGUCACACUCACUACAACUGGGUAUGGCGAUUUGCAUCCUGUCAAUCCUAAAGAAAUGAUUUUUGAUAUUUUCUUCAUGCUGUUCAACUUGGGAUUAGAUGCUUAUAUCAUUGGAAAUAUUACAAAUCUUGUUGUUCAAUGGACAAGCCAUACCAGAACUUUUAGAGAUACAGUGAGAGCAGCUUCUGAAUUUGUAACAAGAAAUCAUCUGCCUCAUGAUACACAAGAUCAAAUACUAUCACACUUAUCUUUGAAGUUCAAGACAGAUGGGUUAAAGCAACAAGAAACAAUAAAGGGCAUGCCAAAAGCAAUUCGCGCCGCCAUUUCACACCAGCUGUUUUAUCCAGUUGCGCAGAAAUCCUAUCUCUUCCAACAAGUUUCACAUGACUUUCUUUUUCAACUGGUUACAGAUAUGGAAGCUGAGUAUUUUCCACCAAAAGAAUAUGUUAUACUGCAGAAUGAAUCUCCAACAGAUCUUUACAUGCUGGUUUCAGGGGCAGUGGAGCUCAUUCACACAGUUGACAGUUAUGAUCAAGUUUCGAAGAUGGAAAAUGCAGGAGAUACAUUUGGAGAGAUUGGAGUUCUAUACAACAGACCACAGCCUUUCAGUGUUAGGACGAGGGAGCUUUCGCAAAUAUUGAAACUUAGCCGAACUUCGUUGAUGAAUGUCAUACAUGCAAAUCCAGAAGCAGCACCAGUUAUAAUGACAAAUCUUUUUAUGAUGCUAAAAGCUGAAAAAGAUUUUAAAUAUCCACAUAUAAGCCCUAGAUUGGCACUUCAUGAGAUGCUUCAUGGGAACAACAUAAGUGGAAAUCCAUGUUUUGCAUGUACAAAUGUUUCGCCCGGGGAAGCUAUGUUAUAUGACAUGAUGCCAAACAUGUUGGAUGAAAAUCAGCAAGAAAAAGAAGCAAAUGAAAAGAGACUAAAUCGCGUUAGAUGGAAACAGAAAUCUCAAGACGACGAGCAACAAAACACGACUCCUCCUCAUGAGUAUGGAACAAGUAAUCAUUCAAUCAAUAAGAGAGUUACCAUCCACUUUCUUGGCCAAGACGGAACGGCCUUGCCACCACAAGGUGGAAAACUGAUAACUCUACCUGAUUCAAUAGAAGAGCUUCUCGAGAUUGCAGGAAAAAAGUUUGGAAUGCCAAAGCCAAACAUAAUCAAAAGUGCAGAAGAUGCGGAGAUCGAUGAUUUAUGUGUCAUUCGAGACAAUGAUCAUCUGUUUUUUCUUUGCCACGACAAAGAAGUUUUGAGCUAAUAGUUUAGAUAUAAAAUUACUAGAAUGUAGUAAUAACAAUAUUCAGGUGCACAGAACAAAGAUUAUAUAAAUUUCAUUGGUGAUGGUGUAACCGUGUAAUACCUUUUUGUAUACAACAAUUAUGAAAAUUUAUAUUCAUCUAUUUUACUUUU